AUGCUCUGGCCGCCGGCGGGGUGGAGAGCCACGGUCAAACUCGGGGCCAUCGUACGGGUGCCGAUCAAAGCUCCGCCGCCGCAGGGGGGAUCCGCCGCCACGAGGCCGCUCCACAUGGUCGUAGUCCUGAUCGUACCGCCGGUGAUCUGGUAACCUCCUGAGGGGAGGGGAGAGGCGGCCGUGCUGCCCUCCCCGCUGUGGAUGGAAUUCAAGGUCAUAGUGGCGGCCCUCCGGCCGCCUCGAGUAUGGGGAUCGGCGACGGUGAUGCGGCGACUGGUCGGCCUCUCGCCCAUAGUGGUGGUUGUGGUACUUUGA